GCGCGCGCUCCCGCCCGGCUCGCUUCCGGCCUUUGUGGGGCGCUGUGGGCUGUCCGGGCCCCCGGCGGCUUGGACCGCGUGACCCGUGGUCUCCCCGGGAGGGACCCGGCUGCCGGCCUCGGGAGCUGCAGGUCCACCCUUGCUGGAAGCACCGCUAGAGCUUCUGCACGGCCGCGAUGGCGUCGGCCUGGGCUGCGCCGGCCCACGAGGAACAGGGUGCGCUUCUGGAAGUAAAGGUGGAGGAGGAGGAGGGGUACAGGAAUACCACCAGACGGGAUCAGAACCUGCAGAAGAACAACACCCACAGCAGGGAGGUCUUCCGACAGUACUUCAGACACUUCUGUUACCAGGAGACGCCUGGACCCCGCGAGGCGCUGCGCCGGCUCCGCGAGCUGUGCCGCCAGUGGCUGAGCCCAGAAACGCACACCAAGGAGCAGAUCCUGGAGCUGCUGGUGCUGGAGCAGUUCCUGACCAUCCUGCCCGAGGAGCUCCAGGCCUGGGUGCGGGGGCAGCACCCGGAGAGCGGGGACGAGGUGGUGACCGUGCUGGAGGAUCUGGAACGGGAGCUGGACGAGCCUGGAGAGCAGGAUGAGUGUGUCCACCGUGUUCCUGUCCACACUGAGCAACAGGACACGCUCUUGCAGGAGACGGCCCUUGUGGGAACAGGACGGGAGCCCGGCAUGUCCCUCCCAUCCGGGGUUGCCCGGCUGAAGCAUGAAUCUCCAGGACCUGGAGCCCAGCCGGAGGAGCAAGUUUCAGGUGUUGAGACUGGAAAUAAGUUCAGGAAUUUAACGCUAAAGCAAGAAGUGUCUGGAGAAGGGGCACCGCAGGGGAAUAUGUGCAGCGGAUUUGAAAGUGACAUGUCCCAGCCGGCUACGUGCAGAGAAGCGUACGGACCCGAAGCAGAAACAGAAGAGUCUUCUGAACACUCCAGGGAAGGUGAACCGUCUGCGGGUGAUGAGAACAGACUCCGUCCGACUGAACAGCAGAGGGUCUGUCCAGGAGAAAAACCUCACGAGCGCGAGGAGUGUGCAAAAGCCUUCAGUCAGCACUCGAACCUCUUAGAACAUCAGAGGGUCCACACCGGAGACAGGCCCUACAAAUGUGAGGAAUGUGGGAAAACGUUCCGUGGGAGAACCGUGCUGAUUCGGCACAAAAUAAUACACACCGGAGAGAAACCAUAUAAAUGUAAUGAGUGUGGCAAAGCCUUUGGCCGCUGGUCAGCUCUCAACCAACAUCAGAGGCUCCACACAGGAGAGAAACACUACCACUGUAACGAAUGCGGCAAAGCUUUUAGCCAGAAAGCGGGCCUCUUUCACCAUCUCAAGAUCCACACGAGAGACAAACCAUACCACUGUGCUCAGUGCAAUAAAAGUUUUAGUCGGCGUUCAGUACUCACUCAACACCAAGGAGUUCACACUGGGGCAAAGCCCUAUGAAUGCAGCGAGUGCGGGAAAGCCUUCGUUUAUAACUCCUCCCUGGUUUCCCACCAGGAGAUCCACCACAAAGAAAAGUGCCAUCAGUGUAAGGAGUGUGGGAAAUCCUUCAGUCAGAGUGGCCUUGUUCAGCAUCAGAGAAUCCACACUGGGGAGAAACCUCACAAGUGUGACGUAUGUGCAAAAGCAUUUAUUCAGAGGACAAGCCUUGUAGAACAUCAGCGAGUUCACACUGGAGAGAGACCUUACAAGUGUGAUACGUGUGAGAAGGCCUUCACUCAGAGAUCAGUUCUCACGGAACACCAGAGAACCCACACCGGAGAGAGGCCGUACAAGUGUGACGACUGUGGGAACGCCUUCCGAGGCAUCACCAGCCUCAUUCAGCAUCACAGGAUCCACACUGGGGAGAAACCCUACCGAUGCGACCAGUGCGGCAAAGCCUUCAGACAGAGGAAGAAGACCGACUACAAGGAAAUACUUCUGAAAAACCAGCGUGAACCUCAAGCUGGAGUGAAUCUUCUCCUGAGUGCUCUCAUUCCAGAAUGGCGUUCCUCCUGUGGGAAGGUCCCUAACGUGACCGACGGCCGAGGGAGAGGGCUGUGCCUGGGACCACGCUGACACAGAAGUCACGGAUAUCCCUUCAGACUUUUAAGUUGCUACUACCCAAGAUGGCUGCCUGCCCCCCACCCCGGGGCUGCCAGAAGACUCCGAGAACUUUGCCUGCAGGUGCUGAGAUCAGAGACAGACCAAGGAGCAGGUGCUGAUGUAGGUCCUGACACGUACCUCGGGAGCUGCACAGUUAGGCAGGGAUAAUACCCAGAGUGUGGAGAAGAGGCAUCACUUGUGCUGGAGGAGUUGGAGACAGCUUGGCGGGAAAGCCGUCAGGUGGAAAGGGUCGGGAUAAUCGCUUGUGUUAUGGCUUGACUAGUGAGAGCCUUCUGGAAUGGCACAGACAGCAGUAAAGCCCAACUGCAGGCUCCACCAUAUGUCUCUGAAGCCAAAACCCAGCGCCUCCCUCGGGGCUUUAAUUCCCCCUGGUAUUUGUGCACACCGGGAAACUCCCGAUGUUGGGUUGCUGUUUGGGUGUUUUUACUGAGUGUUUAACUUCAAAUGCAGUUUUCCAAGACCAGCUUCAUCCUAUUGGCUCUAGGGUCCAGGCUAAAGGACAGAACAAGAUAUGGCAGAGAAAGUACUUUGGAAUCCGAGGCUUCACAUGCAGCCUGUUAAGACCCAAUUUUAGUUUGACUUUCGUCAUUAUUGCCUUUUGAAACAGAAAGCCAGUGAGAAAGGGUGUCUGCAGAGAGAAGAGAUCCUUGAAAAGCAGCUUCUUGGGUCUCUCAUUAGUUCCUGUCCUUUCCCUUGAAAACUUGCCCCUGUCUCCUUGUUGUCUGCCCAGUUCUUUAGGUGGAAACUCAGCUAUGUUUGUGAGCAGUUUUGUUGUUUGGUUUGACCUAUUCAGCUACUUUACUUCAAAGUGCUGCUUUCUUAUGUUUUAGUCCUGAACAUUACUGGAAAAAUUCUUUUUCCCCACUUUAGUUUUUCCAUAUCAAAAUAGUAUGUAAUUUUGAAACAUUUUCCCAUAUCAAAACAGUGUGCAUUUUAUAACCGAAACCUAGCUAUUGCUUCAAGUUAACUUUUGUCAUAUCCCACUAUUCAUUGAUUCACUCAACCAAUAUUUGUAGAGCAUUUAUUUGUCUGUAGUAGUGGCCUAGGUGCAUUUCAGUUGGUAUAAAUGAUCCUUUUAAGUAGUCCUAACAAAUUAAAAUUUCUCUUGAUUUCAUUA